AUGCUUCUUCAAUCACAAAUAAGGGCUCUUGUCCUGCUCGCCAUCGCAAGCCUAUCCAUCGCAGCACCAUCCCGAAGCCAUGUCGAAAAACGAAGCUUCAAAGUUGCUCGAGUUCCCAACCCAACCUAUAUGGGCCGAACUCCCGGCGCCGGAACCCGUGCUCUCAUCAAGGCUCACCGAAAAUUCCAGUUUGAUCUCCCUCAGGGUCUCCUCGACACCAUGAUGGCAAGCAACGCAGGCGCUGGCGCCAGUGUUGCCAACACCCCACAAAAAGCAGCAACCUCUGCUACCGUGAAAGAGCCCGCAGCCAAGGCUAGCGCUGGUGAUGAUAGUUCAUCCGGUGGAGCUGACGCUCCGUGGACCAACGGCACCGGAAAGGUUACAGCAACCCCCGUCAUGGGCGAUGUCGAAUACCUCUCUCCCAUCAGCAUUGGUGGACAAACUAUCAACAUGGACUUUGACUCAGGCUCUUCAGAUCUAUGGGUAUUUAGCUCUCAACUCCCACCCGCAUCAAUUGGUCAACACACUGUCUACGAUAGCUCAAAGUCCUCAACCUUUGCUCCCAUGGAUGGCGCCACAUUCAAGAUUGCCUAUGGUGAUGGAUCAGGCGCAUCAGGAAACGUUGGAACUGACACUGUAAACAUUGGAGGUGCAACUGUCACUAAACAAACUGUCGAGCUGGCCACUAUGGUCUCCCAAUCAUUCACUGCUGAUACUGGAUCCAAUGGUCUAGUCGGACUCGCAUUUUCUAAAUUGAACACUGUCAAGCCUACCCAACAAAAGACCUUCUUCGACAACAUGAUUCCAAACCUAUCUCAGCCUGUAUUCACGGCUGACUUACGCAGCAAUGCUGUCGGUGCCUACGAAUUUGGCAACAUUGACUCCUCAAAGUACAAUGGCUCCCUCGCCUGGGCUCCUAUCGACUCAAGCAGCGGUUUCUGGCAAUUCUCCUCAACAAAAUUUCAAGUUGCUGACCAAGCUCCCAUCGACGCUCCAAGUGGAAAGGCAAUCGCUGAUACUGGAACCACCCUCAUGCUCACCAGCGCUGCGAUUGUAAACGCCUACUACAGUCAAGUCACUGGUGCAGUUAACGACGCCCAGGUUGGUGGUGUCACAUUCCCGUGCAACUCGGACCUACCAGAUCUCAAGGUAGAUGUUGGAGGAAACUACAUGGCUGUCAUCCGUGGAUCUGAUAUUAACUUUGCUCCAGUUGACAAUGCACGCACUACCUGCUUCGGUGGUGUACAGGCUAUCCAAUCUCCUCUCCAGAUUUACGGAGACAUUAUGUUCAAAUCCCAGUUCGUUGUGUUCAACGGAGGUAACAGCAGUAUCGGAAUGGCACCUCAUCAAUAG